CCCGCCUUCCCCCGCCUUUUCCCCCGCCCCGGCCGCUGCCCGAAUCAGCGGGAGGAAGAUGGCGGCGCUCAUCCCCCUCAGCCAGCAGUUUUCAACUGGAAAUCCAUUAUAUGAAACUUAUUACAAACAGGUAGAUCCAGCAUAUACGGGGAGAGUUGGGGCAAGUGAAGCGGCAUUGUUUCUUAAAAAGUCUGGUCUCUCCGAUAUUAUCCUUGGGAAAAUAUGGGAUUUGGCUGACCCAGAAGGGAAAGGGUACUUGGAUAAACAGGGUUUCUAUGUCGCAUUGCGCCUUGUAGCAUGUGCACAGAAUGGCCAUGAUGUUAACCUGAGCAAUCUGAACUUGACUGUGCCACCUCCUAAAUUUCAUGACACUAGCAGUCCCUUGCUGAUCACGCCACCUUCAACAGAGACUCACUGGGCUGUUAGGGUGGAAGAAAAAGCAAAGUUUGAUGGUAUUUUUGAAAGCCUUUUGCCAGUAAAUGGUUUACUUUCAGGAGACAAAGUAAAACCAGUACUGAUGAAUUCAAAGCUACCUCUUGAUAUCCUGGGAAGGGUCUGGGAUCUCAGUGAUAUUGAUAAAGAUGGUCACCUGGACAAAGAUGAAUUUGCUGUGGCAAUGCAUUUGGUUUAUAGAGCUCUUGAGAAAGAGCCAGUUCCUUCACUGUUACCCCCUUCUCUCAUACCGCCUUCUAAAAGAAAGAAGACGCCCGUCUUUCCUGGUGCAGUUCCUGUUCUCCCUGCAAGUCCUCCACCAAAAGAUAGCCUGCGUUCCACUCCAUCUCACGGUAGUGUAAACAGCCUGAACAGCACAGGGAGUUUGUCUCCCAAGCACGGCAUCAAACAAGCACAGCCAUCUGUGAAUUGGGUAGUACCGAUGUCUGAGAAAGUGCGAUAUGAUGACAUUUUCUUAAAAACAGACACAGACAUGGAUGGUUUUGUGAGUGGCCAAGAAGUAAAGGACAUCUUUAUGCAUUCAGGUCUAUCUCAGACUCUCCUAGCACAUAUAUGGGCUUUGGCAGAUACAAGACAGAUAGGAAAGCUAAGCAAAGAUCAGUUUGCACUAGCAAUGUAUCUCAUUCAACAGAAGGUCAGUAAAGGGAUUGAUCCUCCACAAGUGUUGUCCCCAGAUAUGAUCCCUCCCACAGAGAGGAACACGCCUAUACAGACUCUGUCAGGUUACUUGACCCCUGUAGGAACUGAGAUCUCAGCACUAACAGAAAUGCGCCGUGAUAGUUCAAGUUCUGUUGGAUCAGGAGAAUUUACAGGGGUGAAGGAGCUGGAUGAUAUUAGUCAAGAAAUUGCACAGCUGCAGAGAGAAAAAUAUUCUCUAGAGCAGGACAUUAGGGAAAAGGAAGAAUCAAUCAGACAGAAAACCAAUGAAGUUCAGGAACUGCAAAACGAUUUAGAUAGGGAGACAAGUAACUUGCAAGAGCUGGAGGCUCAAAAACAAGAUGCCCAAGACCGCCUGGAUGAAAUGGACCAGCAGAAAGCCAAACUGAAAGAUAUGCUGAAUGAUGUAAGGCAGAAAUGCCAGGAAGAAACACAGGUGAUUUCAUCACUGAAAAUGCAGAUUCAGUCUCAGGAAUCAGACUUAAAAUCACAGGAGGAUGAUCUUAAUAGAGCAAAAGCAGAGCUGAAUCGCCUCCAGCAAGAAGAGACUCAGCUAGAACAGAGUAUCCAGGCUGGAAAAGUACAGCUUGAAACAAUAAUCAAAUCUUUAAAAUCAACACAGGAAGAAAUAAACCAGGCAAGAAGUAAACUUUCUCAGCUUCAAGAAAGUCAUCAAGAAGUCAAUAAGAGUAUAGAAGAAUAUAAUGAAGCUCUCAAUGGGAUUCAUGGUGGUAGCCUGACAAAUUUAGCAGACAUAAGUGAAGGCCUUGGGCAGACAGAAAGAAGCAAUUAUGGAGCUAUGGAUGAUCCAUUUAAGAAUAAAGCCUUGAUGUUUACAAAUAACACACAAGAAUUGCAUACAGACCCAUUCCAGUCAGAAGAUCCUUUCAAAUCUGAUCCAUUUAAGGGAGCAGACCCUUUCAAAGGCAGUGACCCAUUCCAGCAUGAUCCCUUUGCAGAACAACCACCUGCUCCAGCAGAUCCAUUUGGAGGCGAUCCAUUUAAGGAAAGUGACCCAUUUCGUAGUUCUGCCCCUGAGGAUUUCUUCAAGAAACAGGUGAAGAGCGACCCAUUUACAUCAGAUCCAUUCACAAAACCCUCCACUUUACCCUCGAAGUCUGACCCUUUUGAAAGCAGUGAUCCUUUUACAUCUUCCAGUGUCUCUUCAAAAGGUCCAGAUCCAUUUGGAACAUUGGAUCCAUUUGGAAGUGGCGCUUUCAGUAGUGGGGAGGGAUUUGCAGACUUCAGUCAGAUGUCAAAGUCAGUAGCUUCAGACCCGUUCACCUCCUCUUUUGGAGGGAUGGGAUUCUCAGAUGACCCUUUCAAAAGCAAAUCAGACACACCAGCAUUACCACCGAAGAAAAAUGUCCCUCCACGGCCCAAGCCACCCAGUGGUAAAAGUACUCCUGUAAGCCACCUUGGGUCUUCAGAUUUUCCCAAGCCCCAUGAUCCAUUCCAGCCGUUUGGGGCUGACAGCAGUGACCCGUUUCAGAGUAAAAAGGGGUUUGGGGACCCAUUUAGUGGAAAAGAUCCAUUUGCUCCCUCCUCUUCAAGUAAAACUUCUAAAGACUCUUCCUUGGGGUUUGCAGACUUCAGCUCUUUUGGAAAUGAAGAACAGCAGCUGGCUUGGGCAAAGCGUGAGAGUGAAAAAGCAGAGCAAGAAAGACUAGCUCGAUUGCGGAGACAAGAACAAGAAGACCUUGAGUUGGCUAUUGCGCUCAGUAAGGCUGAUAUGCCAAACUCCUAGAGGUUGUUUGGCUCCACCCUGUCCGAAUGAAUCCUUUAAACGUGGCUUUUAUAAAAUACUAAAUUCUUGGUUUCUGUUGUGAAAAUUAUUCUAGUCACCUUCAACUCUAAACAAGGCUGUCUGGUUCAAUCCACCUGGGCUCUGUGUGGCUUUUCAAAUGCGCAAUAUGCAAGAAACACUGUAUAAGCUGUAUUAUAUGUUCUAGAUAAAAUUUACUGCUCGUAAGAAAUUUAACACAUGAUCCUAAGAUACCGAAAGCAAAGUUUCUUUAUCUUGAAGACAACGUUGCAUAUAGAAACCCGCAACUUGUGAAUCUGGCUUUUUAUUACCUGACUUCCAUUGUUUUUUGAGGCUGCAGUAUGAAUUUCAAAGAAGAUGUUAUAAAAAGAUAUUUAUAGAAUUAGCUUUCACUUGUUACAUUUAUUUAAUUAUUCAUAGUAGGCUAAUGGGUAUGUUAUCUACAUCAGUCUUCAGUAUAAAUUCAUUAUUAGAUAUUCCAUUUUUACCCAGGAUAUAUGGCUUUUAUGAAAGAAUCUGGCAAUUUAUAUAUGAUGAAUACAAACAUAGUGAAGUGUAUAAAAUAUUGCAAAUUUGAAACCUGUAUGAAUGAGUAGUUUUCCUUAUUUAAACACUUAUUUGCAUUGGCUUUUAAUUGUAGGUGAUGUAGAAGAGGGAGUUAAUUCAGUUGUAGUAAAUUGGACAAAUAUGAUGGUUUGGCAAUUAAAUAACUAGGUAAAAUUUUGCUUUAUCUCAUAAGCAAAUGUGGUUACGAGGUUAUGGUAAAAGUUUGAGUGCUUCUUUCAUGUAAAAUCAAGCAACUGAAAACUUAGUAAGGUUGAGCUGAGUUCUCCCCUACAAGUCGUUUUACUCUCUUUUGUUCUGUCUGCCAGAACAAAGAUCAUAUUUUUUGUGUUGUCCAACUGACAGUGUGAGACAGUCUCUACCUCUAUUUCUUUAUUUCCAUCUAUCUUAUAAUAUGGGGUUGCGGAUAAAGCAUUCUUUAGCUGAAAUAAGGCCAAAUUCAAACAGAUUUUAUUUGCAAAAUACAUGUUCAUGCAUAAAUUAUAGAACUGGAUUGGCUUUUGAAUAUGUCUUGCAGUAGUAAGUCUAAGUAGGAGCAAAUUUUAUAUACACUUGCAGAACUCAAAACUUCUGCCUGGUAAGGAUAACACAACGUGUUUUACAUGUCAUAUAGAAAGCCCUUCUGAUAGAUCUGUGAAUUAUUUACUUACUAAAAUGCCUUUUCUGGUAAUUACAGGAAUUCUAAGACUUCAGUUGUUUUUGCCUUGCACUUUUACGUCUAAAUAGUGUAGGCAUCUAGCACAAUUUUUUUUUAAAUGUCCUUUACGUGCAUCUGCUUUCCUAUCCUUGGUUCUGUAGGAAUACAAACUGGGUACUUAACAUUCUUUGUUUUUACACAUGCAGCCAUUAUCUUGUAACAUUUUCUCUAUUUUCUGGAAAAUGUGCUAUUCCUUUGUCAUCUUUAAUGCAUUUACAUUUUUUAUGCCCUUGCUUCCUUAAUUUUAUUUUUCAAAAUACAAUGAUAGUGCCUGUUCAUUCAAUGAAAGCAAUCUUUCCCCAUGCUAUUGUAAUUGCCUUAUUCUGGAUGCUUUCCUUGCACAGAGAUAACAAUCAAAUUGGAUUAUUUUAAUCUUAUUAGUAGUUUUCAAUUCUGAAACGUCGCUAAAACAUAGCACUGGUUGUCUCAGGAUUUUGUGACUAGCUAUAUGGGUGAGUGCAUGUCUGUGUGUGCGUGCACACACGUGUAAAUCUAUUCAUUUACACAUGCAGCAAUAUGUAAGAGAAAACCAAAAACCCCUAUCUCAUAAUGCAGUGUUAGGAGUCACAAUGCCCUGUUUUCUGUGUGUCUCCUGUGCUACUGGUACUACAAAUAAUGUGAAUCUUUAAUUUGCCUCAGAAGGGGAGAAGAUGCAUUCUAGUAUCAAAACAACCAUUUGAUGAUUUUUAGUACUUUUUUUUUUUUAGUGAAUGCAGUAGGAUUUCUAAUUUAACAGAACCCAAUUUGCUUCCUAAUGCUUCCCAUUGAAAUAACUUUUCUCUAAAGUAUGUCAGCUUAAAUGAUCAAACGUAUUAAAACAUUAAUGCAUUCUCUUUUCUGUUGGUUUACAAGACUCAAAGUCUGAAAACAAACAUGGUCUGUCUAUAGCUAACAUGAGAUGAAACUUGCUGUGAAAGAGCAAUUUUCAUAAUUGAAUGACUGCAGUGCAGGAUUCUCAGUGACAGUGAAGUUAAACAAAUUGUAUUCAUGGGUAAGAUUCUCCUUUUCAUUUUCACUGGGGCAAGAGUCUUUGUAGUGUCUCUUCUGCUAGAAUAAAACACCAUUUAUAUGUAGUGCCAUUUUAGAAAGGAAAACCACUUUUGGACUACUACUUGGAUGAUGUCACUCCAGUGGGACAGGGUGGAUGAGUUAAAUAGCUUGAUUCAUUUUCUGUGUUAUGUACCAUAACAAGACUUUCUGCUGCUUUGUCAGUGCUGAAAAAUAUUGUAAUUUAUAAUGCUUCUCAGGCAAUGAGUCGGUGUUUUCAAGAUGUUGAGCAGGAAGCCAGAAAUGUGAAUUAAUCUAGCAUUCCACAUAGUGUUAGAACUGAUUAUUUUCAUGUUUCCUUAUGGACUCAUUCUCCUUAUUUGCUUGGACAAUAACAGAAGAUCAAGCAAAUGUCCUCUAUGCACAGUGUAUAAGAUCUAGUGACCUUAGGUUUACUGAAACACUUUUGAUUCAACAUUUUAGGCGCUGUGGUAGAGGAAAACUUAGCUGUGAUUUCUCUCUGUUGUAUUUAAUACAGUUUUCCUUCUUUGUAAAAAGGAAGAUUGCCCACAUUCUUCCCUUAUGCUUGUAACUUAGUGUUUUGUAUAAUAACUGCUCUUGUUCUAAGACAAAAUUUAUUGCAAGAUGCUGAUCUUAUUCUUCCUCCAGAACAGUGAAAUUUAAAGCACAAAUAGGCCUUUUGCUAUUUGGGCAGAUAAAAUAUGUACAAUGCAAGAUAUAUAAAAUGUGAGUAUACACAAUGCAUAUACAGUGUACAUUGAGAUCCAUAUUAUUUGUGUGUGUGUAUAUAUAUAUAUAGUGUAUUGAAUAAUGUAAUAAUAGUGUGUGUAUAUACUAUAUAUGUCCACAUACUAUGUCUAGUAUAUAGCUACUUGUGCUGUACAUAAAAUGUGUAUAUACAAUGAAUAUGUAGAAUAUGCAUAUAUAUUCUAUAUAUUAACAUUUAUGUGUAUGUAUGUAUUCUCUAGAGAGAGAUGGAUACAGAAAUGGAAUCUAUACAGAAAUACAGAUUAGAUCGUGGCUCUUAGAAUUUCAAAGUUCUGGUGAAAGAAAAAAAGGAGGAAUGACUACUACUAAUAAAUUUGUUUCAAGAUUACUUUUAUUGGCAUGAAAAACUGUGUUCAUUAGUUGUGCCAAGUGUGAGAGAGAAACCUGGCAGAGAGUAGGUAUCAUCUGCACUGGAUGUGAUUUCACAUUCUUUUGAGUUUUUCAAGUGUCUUUUUGAAAUGUAGACUUAAUUUCUGAUCUUCUUGCAUGUGUGGGUCAUGUGAUGUCAACUUUUUCUCAGGCUGAGGCAAUGAUUUUUCUCCUACAUUUGCUUGUAUUUCACUUUUUUUUUUUUUUUGCCUUUUUAAAAUACUGUAUUUAAGGAGCUUCCCCCUCCCCCCCCCCCGCCAAACACACACACACAGAUCAAACAGGCACAUGCUAAGGUGGAAAACGUGUUUUUCUUGCCUCAUUCCAGUUAUAUGGGUUGCACAUAAUUGUCAUCUGGAUUUCAGUUCUGUUUUUCCUCCAUUUCCACCUAAGAUUUUACUUCAGGAGGAAUGACUAUCCAUUGCAUUCUUGGCUUUGAGGAAAGAAUGGAGGUGAUUCUACUUUCUUCUUGGAUAAAUUAUUAGACUCUGUAGUACGUUGAGCAAUCACAAAGAGUUUAGUAGGCUUUUAUAAGUGGCACAUGUGUAUUUUAUACAGAGUACCGUCACUGCUGGAAUGACUCAUGGAAAACCAUGAAUUGCAUACAGCACCGAGGCACAACAGUUAAAACAGGAAAGACAGAUAAUUUUUCACAUUGAACCUACGCAUGCAAACUUUGCAUGUAGGACAGAUAUUGAAUUACCCGCUUAUUCCUUUAUAGACCAGUAUGUUCGCAUUUGCCUCAAGUGGUUUCCCUGAGACAUAGUCAAAUGCUCUUGUUGUAAAACAUACCAGUCAUUCUGCAAUAAAAACAGAUGCUCAUAAAAGCAGUACUCCUAUAAUACUGCUGUAUGAAAUAUUUUUAUAUUGGCAAAUUUAUCCUUAUGAAAUCUCUGCCCUAUGAGGAUCAUCUGUCCUUACUGUAUUAUGUUUCAUGUAACGUGCUCGCAAAGUGUAGGAAAUUCCAAGCCGUGUCCGACUUUGUAACUUUUUUUUUUUAAAUUCCUGUCUGUUGUCAGAAAUUUUGUAGAAAUCAUUUUGUCAUCUUAUGCUGAAAGAUAAUGCACUUUUCUUGGAUUCUUCUUAUAAUCCUUUUGGGGUUACUAUUUCUUCUUUAGUGUUUCUCCAUUGAGAAGAGUAUUUAUUCUGUAGAACCAAGGCCCAAGGAAUUUUGGUCCAAGUAGAAUUGUUGCUUUUCCUCAUGUCAUAGUUUGGUUUCUGCCGCCUCCUGCGUUUUAUUCCUCCCUCUCAGGAAUUUCACUUCUGUUUAAUCCUAAUGUUGCAUAUGAACUCUGUUAAAGUGAAUUAUCUGUGCUAAUAAUGAUCUAGUUCAAAUAUCUUCCUACACCAGAGGAACAGCCAAGUUUUUGUUGUAUGUCAACCAUUGCAUCUCUCUGUAGACUCCACAACACCUUUUCUUAGAAAGGAAUUUUGCUUGGAGUAUGGUGGAAUCAUAGAAGAUUUAUUUUUAGAGUAAAUAUGUUAACUAUUAUUCAUUGACACAUUUGUUUGAUCAGUUGAUAUAAUGCUCUUUUUACUUGAAAGUUUUAUAAAUAAAGGCUAAUUUGUUAUAAAAUGGAA